UUUGGAGAGUUUUCCAUUCUACACAUAACUCCAUCCCCGCAGCCAGACCAAGCCGGGAGCCCAGCAAUGGAACACCGGGUCUUCUGCCUCUUUGCCAUCGUUGCCCUCAUUGUUGGGUCUUUCAGCUCCGCACAAGGAGAAACUGCACCAACUGCGGAAGAAUGCAAUGUUGAACCACACAAGAGACAGAACUGUGGAUUCCCCGGCGUCACCCCGGAGGAAUGUAAUAACAACGGCUGCUGCUUUGACAGUACUGUUCCGGAUACCCCCUGGUGCUUCCACAUAGAACACCCUGAGGAUGAUUGCCUGUAAUGGAUUCUGAUGAACACAGCGGUCUCUGCCAGUGGAACAAUGCAACGUCAUCAUGUCUAAUGUUUACCGUACGAAGAUGGAGCAAUCGGCAAACUCUCUCUGCCCCGACCAGAUCUCCUGCCGUAAAACACUUUCUCCCCUUAUAAAUGUAUCACAGCCAGGCACUUGUGUCAUUUAAUAAAACUGCAACUGGAAAUAUAAA